CGGGGGGGGGGGGGGGGGAACCGGGAGCGGGGGGGGUGAACGGGGCCGGGGGGGGAACGGGGAGGUCAGGGCCGUGCAGGGCGGCCGGGAGCCCAGCGGGGCGCUGCUGGCGGCCACCCGCAGCCGUUUGUGGCUCCCGGUACCGGGAACCGGGGCGUGCGGUGCCCGCCUGGCAGCCCGCGGACGGGGCCCGGGUCCGGGGCCGGUGUCAGUCCCGGUGCCGGUGCCAACCCCGGUGUCAGUGCCAGGUCCCGGUGUCAGUGUCAGGUCCCGGUGCCCGCUCCCGGUGCCGGUACCGGCUCCCGGUGCCGCGGCUCCGCCCGUGCGCACGGCGGGCGCGGCCCCCCCGCGGUCACCUUGGCGCCGGGGCCGGGCGGGGAGGAGCGGAGCGGAGCGCUCAGAGCGGGGCUGAGCCCCCGGGACCCCCGUUUCCAUCCCCUCCGGUACCACCGGCACCGACCACCCCCAACCUCCCGGUGCCUACGGGCGGCGCCCCGCCGGUACCCGCAACCCCCGUACACCGGGGGGGCUCCAUCCAUCCACCCACCCAUCCAUCCAUCCACCCAUCCAUCCCGGUACCCGGUCCCAUUCCCGGUCCCGGUGCCGUUCCCGGUGCCGGUGCCGGUGCCCCCAUGGCGGAGGCAGGCGGCGCUGCGGGGGCCCGGAGCUAGGCGGGAGGCGGCCCGGGAUGGCCAGGAUGAACGUGGCCCUGCAGGAGCUCGGCCACGCCAUGCCCGACUACAAGCGUGCCACGCUGCAGGAGGACGAGGCGCCGGAGCCCACAGGGGAUGGCAGCGCCUCCCCCGACAGCGUGGAGGUGGGAUUUCGGAAGGGGCCGGGGCCGCUGCUGAGCCGCUUGGCGUCACGCAGCCAGCUGGAGCUGGCGCUCGGUGCCAUCGCCGUCACCCUGGCCCUGCUGCUGGGCGCCGCCGUGGUCGCGCUGGCCGUGCAGUACAGCAGAGACCCCUCCCGCAGCACCUGCCUGACCGACGCCUGCGUGCGCGUGGCCAGCAAGAUCCUGGAGGCUCUGGACCCGGCCACCGACCCGUGCCAGGACUUUUACCAGUACUCCUGCGGGGGCUGGAUCAGGAGGAACCCCCUGCCCACCGGGCGCUCCAAGUGGAGCACCUUCAACAGCAUCUGGGACCAGAACCAGGCCAUCAUGAAGCACCUCCUAGAAAACGCCAGCUUCAACUCGAGCAGCGAGGCGGAGAGGAAGACGCAGCGCUACUACCUGUCCUGCCUCAAGGAGCAGCGCAUCGAGGAGCUGGGCGCACAGCCCCUGGUGGAGCUCAUCGACAAGAUCGGCGGCUGGAACGUCAGCGGCUCGUGGAACCAGAGCGGCUUCAUGGAGGUGCUGAAGGUGGUGUCGGGCACCUACCGGGCGACCCCCUUCUUCACCGUGUACGUGGGGGCGGACUCCAAGAGCUCCAACAGCAACGUCAUCCAGGUGGACCAGUCGGGGCUUUUCCUCCCCUCCCGGGACUACUACCUGAACAGGACGGCCAACGAGCGGGUGCUGGCCGCCUACCUGGACUACAUGGUGGAGCUGGGCACGCUGCUGGGGGGGGCCAAGGAGCCCACCCGGCUGCAGAUGCAGCAGGUGCUGGACUUCGAGACCCUGCUGGCCAACAUCACCGUGCCCCAAGCCGAGCGGCGGGACGACGAGAAGAUCUACCACAAGAUGAGCAUCGCCGAGCUGCAGGUGCUCGCCCCCGCCAUCGACUGGCUGGAUUACCUCUCCUACUCCCUGGCCCCGCUGGAGCUGGCUGAGACGGAGCCCGUGGUGGUGUACGGGGACGCCUACCUCCAGCAGGUCUCCGAGCUCAUCAACAGCACCGACAAGAGCGUCCUGAACAACUACCUGAUCUGGAACCUGGUGCAGAAAACGGCCUCCAGCCUGGACCAGCGCUUCGAGACGGCCCAGGAGAGGCUGCUGGAGACGCUCUACGGCACCAGGAAGUCCUGCACGCCCCGCUGGCAGACCUGCAUCUCCAACACGGACGACACGCUGGGCUUCGCCCUGGGCUCCCUCUUCGUCAAAGCCACCUUCGACCGGGACAGCAAGGCCAUCGCUGAGGAGAUGAUCAGCGAGAUCCGGACAGCUUUCGAGGGGUCCCUGGACCAACUUGACUGGAUGGAUGAGACAACGCGGCAGGCAGCGAAAGAGAAGGCGGAUGCCAUCUACGACAUGAUCGGCUUCCCGGACUUCAUCCUGGACAACAAGGAGCUGGAUGAUGUCUACGAUGGGUACGAGGUGUCCGAGGACUCCUUCUUCCAGAACAUGCUCAACUUCUACAACUUCUCCGCCAAGGUGAUGGCCGACCAGCUGCGCAAGCCCCCCAACCGGGACCAGUGGAGCAUGACCCCGCAGACCGUCAAUGCCUACUACCUGCCCACCAAAAACGGCAUCGUCUUCCCCGCCGGCAUCCUGCAGGCUCCCUUCUACGCCCGCAGCCACCCCAAAGCCCUGAAUUUCGGCGGCAUCGGCGUGGUGAUGGGGCACGAGCUGACCCACGCCUUCGACGACCAAGGCCGCGAGUACGACAAGGAGGGCAACCUGCGGCCCUGGUGGCAGAACUCCUCGCUGGAGGCCUUCAAGAACCGCACGGCCUGCAUGACGGAGCAGUACGGCCGCUACACCGUGCACCGCGAGAAGGUCAACGGCCGCCAGACGCUGGGCGAGAACAUCGCCGACAACGGCGGGCUGAAGGCGGCCUACAACGCGUACAAGUCGUGGCUGCAGAAGAACGGGGAUGAGAAGCGGCUGCCGGCCCUGGGGCUCACCAACCACCAGCUUUUCUUCGUGGGUUUCGCCCAGGUGUGGUGCUCGGUGCGGACGCCCGAGAGCUCCCACGAGGGGCUGGUGACCGACCCGCACAGCCCCGACAAGUACCGGGUGAUCGGCACCCUCAGCAACUCCCGGGAUUUCGUGGAACAUUUCGGCUGCCCCCUGGGCUCCCCCAUGAACCCCGGCCGGCACUGCGAGGUGUGGUAGCCACCGGGAUGGCCCCCAUGGGGACGGGGGGGGGGGGCACCAGGCCUGGCUGUACCCUCCGUACCCCCGCACCCUCACCGGGUGCCCACCGGGAGCCCCCCGCCAUGCUCACACCACUCCCCAUGCCCCCCCCUUGGCUCCCCUCCGGUGCCCGGGGAUGGGAUGUGGCGGGGUGGCGGGGAGGCCGCGGUGCCCCCACGCCAGCCCCGCUCAUGCCACGACCCCAUGGGGGGGGGGCACCGGAGCCGAGCCCCCCCCCCCAGCUGCCGGUGUGAGCCCGGGGGGGUGCCCGGUGCCGGUGUCUGCCCCUCGCCCCCCCCCAUACACCCCUAAUUCCUCCUCCCGCAGCCCGGUGCCCGCUUGCUGGGGCUGGGGGGCGGCGGGGGGAGCCCGGUGCCCGCCGCUGGCUUCACGGGACGAUUAAAGCAGCUUCCACCCA